AUGGCCGCCUCCACGAAAAUGGCCUCCAACCGCGCCCUUCCCAUCCUGGCUGCCGCCUCAGCAGGCCGGUACGGCAUACCAGCCAUGUGCUGUUACAAUACCGAAGGCAUCAUCGCCACCGUCCGCGCCGCCGAAGCGAAGCGCUCGCCAGCCAUGAUCCUCCUCUUCCCGUGGGCGAUCCACUACGCCGGCGGCCUGCUCGUCCACCUGGCGGCCGAAGCCGCGCGCGACGCCUCGGUGCCGGUGACGGUGCACCUAGACCACGCGCAGACGCCCGAGAUCGUGCGGCGCGCGGCCGACCUGGGCGGCUUCGACUCCAUCAUGAUCGACAUGUCGCACUACGAGCGCGACGAGAACCUGCGCCUGACGCGCGAGCUGGUCGCCUACUGCCGCGAGCGCGGCAUCGCCACCGAGGCCGAGCCCGGCCGCAUCGAGGGCGGCGAGGACGGCGUGGGCGACACGGCCGACCUCGAGGGCCUGCUGACCACGCCCGACGAGGCCGAGCUCUUCGUCGACACCGGCAUCGACUGGCUCGCCCCGGCCUUCGGCAACGUCCACGGCAACUACGGCCCCCGCGGCAUCCAGCUCGAGUACGACCGCCUGGACGCCAUCAACAAGCGCGUUGGAGACAGGGUCAAACUCGUGCUGCAUGGCGCCGAUCCUUUCACCCAGGAAAUCUUCCAAACAUGUAUAGGCCACGGCGUUUCUAAAAUUAAUAUCAACAAGGUGCUGAACAACCCUUACGUGGAUGCGUGGAAAGAAGGUGCCGCUAAGAAGCCGUUAACGUCCGUCAUCGAAGAGGGGACCUUGGCGAUGCAAAAGGCAGUUGAAAGCUGUAUAGAUAUGCUUGGUAGCGCUGGCAAGGCAUGA